CCUAUCCCUCGACGGGGGUUUCAUAUGUAGGUGGUAAGAAUUCUGAAGUCGUUUAUAGGCUAGCCUAUUAGUACGUCUAGUUAUGCUGUUGACUUUCAUUCAGCAUAGGUAAAAGAGCAUUCGCUGUAAUCUGCUUCCCUCCAUUCAUUGGGUAGAGUUCGGGACGGUCGGACCACAGGUCCGAUUCAAACAGGUGGAAGACGAUUCCAGGUGGAGUUUUAGGGGGGUGUAGACUUACCAGCUCGUGGCUUCUGUUAAAUCGGUCCUGUCCUAUUUAGGUAGCCUACAGCCACACAUAAAUUGUGUCCGUUACGGUAGAAAUGGGCAAAUACACGCAUUGUAACCUCAAUGCUGCGUUUAUUUUUCUUUGAAAUUUAGUCUUUAAAUUCAGGAAGCGAAUAUAUUUUUUUUAGCUAGCCAGGAGACCUUCACAGGUGGGACAUACCCGCUUCGUAGGACAGCCCCUUCUUUCAGUUCCUCAGCGUAGGAUGUGAUCACUGACAUUUGUUGUUGCCGUUUGGGACAGGAGGCGAAGCGUUUCUGCAAACAGGUGUGAGACCACACGAAUCUACAUAGUCAGCUAGCUUGCUAGCGACGAAUUUCUGUUUAUUCUGGAGGAAAUAUCAUUCCGAGUCGUAAGGCGUUCCUCUUUGUGAAAAGGGAAUAAAACAUUUGGCUAAAUUGAAAUUUUGGCAGGACUUGAAUUAUUUGGAGGCUAGCUAUUCAGAAAGACAAAUAAAAAAUAGAGAAAGCAAUGUCAACAAAAAAAUCGUGCGUGGAUUUAACGAAAAGGAGUAGGAGCCCUGUCGUGUCGGAGGCAGAGAUGUUCAACGAAUUUCAGGACUGGUGCCUCCGUACUUACGGGGACUCGGGUAAAACAAAGACGGUCACCCGGCGAAAAUACAACAAGAUUCUUCAGACUCUUUUACAGAACGACGAGUCAGGUGGCGUAUACAUCGAGAGCAACCACAUCAACGCCAAAUUCAAAUUCUGGGUGAAAUCCAAAGGUUUUCAGGUUGGGAGCAUUCAAGGCGACCACAAUGGAGCAUCUGGAAAACCGGUCCUUUACGUCCCCAUCAAGGCAACGUGUGUGGACGGGGGCUCGGCUCAGGAUAGUUCCUCCCUGAAGAGGGUGGCGGUGGUGGAGGACUUCUUUGACAUCAUCUACGCCAUGCACGUGGAGAUCAGCGCUGACCCUGGGAAAGCGCCCAAACACGCCGGACAAAAGAAGACUUACAAAGCGAUCGCGGAGACGUACGCUUUCCUGCCCAGGGAGGCGGUGACCCGUUUCCUGAUGAGCUGCGGGGAGUGUCAGAAGAGGAUGCACAUCAACCCCAGCGGGGCCGAGUUCAAAGAGAACGACCGGCCCGCAUCCCUGGUGCCAGAUCUCAUCGAUUACAACAUGCCGCUCACCACCACCUACCUGAAGCAGAUGAAGUUACAGUUUAUGAACGCCACCGAGCAGGAUGAGAGUUCAGUGAGCAGCGAGGAUUUUGAUAUGAGCGACCCCACAUGGAUAUCAGCUGAUCACGGCCCCACGUCCGACCAGAGCCCCAGCCACGGAGAGAGGAUGCACAGCCCGCAGAACGCGCACAAAGAGGAGGACGACGACUCCUCCUCGGAGAGCGGCAGUGGGAACGGACUGCACACCCUGACCCCUCCCUCAGCGGGCGGGGCCGCGGCGCCUGAGAGCGCGGGGCCGGGGCCGUACAGCGAGGUGAACGGGAACGGGGCCCCGGGGCCGCUGGACUUCAGCACCACCUCCUCCUCGUCCUCCUCCGAGGACCAGCAGCCCAUGAACCUCAGCGAGCGGCUGCCCGCCGGGCCCCUGCUGGGGCCCUUCCAGCCCGACCCCCCCGACGGCCUGCGCAGGAAGUACCCCGGGAAACCGGCCCACCCCGCCGACCGCGACGCCAGGGACUACGGCAACAAGUCUCCUCAGUACAGCUCAGGGAGCUAUGACUCAGUGAAGAUGGAGACUUUUCCGGAGGACCUGACCGUGAACCGGGCCCAGGCUGCAGAUGAUGAUGAUGAUGACCAUGAUGACCAUGAUGACAGUGACAAGAUGAAUGACAGCGAGGGCGUGGACCCCGAGCGGCUAAAGGCUUUCAAUAUGUUUGUGAGGUUGUUUGUGGAUGAGAACCUGGAUCGCAUGGUGCCCAUCUCUAAGCAGCCCAAGGAGAAGAUCCAGGCCAUCAUCGAAUCUUGCAGCCGCCAGUUCCCAGAGUUCCAGGAGCGCGCUCGUAAGCGCAUACGCACCUACCUCAAGUCCUGCCGUCGCAUGAAGAAGAACGGCAUGGAGACACGGCCCACACCGCCUCACCUCACCUCCGCCAUGGCUGAGAACAUCCUGGCGGCAGCCUGCGAGAGCGAAUCCCGCAAGGCCGCCAAGAGGAUGCGCCUAGACGUGUACCAGACCCAUGAUGAGCAGAUUGCACUGGACAAGCCGAGCUCGCGGGAGCCGGCCCCCCUGGCGCACUCUGCUUACUCCCUGGCUGCCACGGCCUACAACCAGGAUCAGCUCUACAUCAACGGUGGGCUCAACUACAGUUACCGUGGUUACGGAGGCCUAGGUGCCAGUAUGCAACACCCUGUCUCCCUGACAACCGGCACUGCACAGAGCAAUGGACCGACUGACCUCAGCAUGAAGUCUCUUGCGUCAAACUCCUCUUCCUCCAGCUCCAACAGUCACGGGCGGGGAGGGGGCAGCGGGGGGGCCUCAGCCCAGCUCAGCCCCACCGAGAUCACCGCCGUCCGGCAGCUCAUCGCCGGCUACCGCGAGUCUGCCGCCUUCCUACUGCGCUCCGCCGACGAGCUGGAGAGCCUGAUCCUGCAGCAGAACUGAGCUGCGCUCCUGCUGCUCCUCCUCUUCAUCCUCCUCCUCUU